UAUCAAAGUCAAAAUCUGUGAAUCGGCAUUAUUGUUCCGCCAUGUUGGAGAUAUCAACCGAGUAAACAACGUGUUAGAGCAGUGUGGAAAAGAAUAUUUGUUUUGCAUUUUAAUCUCAACUCGUCUGAGAAUUCAACAUUUGGGACAUGGCUAGUAAAAAAAAACGAUAAAGUAGCAUGCAGCUAUUGGGAAAGCCUUGCAAAUGCCGAACGUUUAAGGUAUGAGGCAAAGCUUGAGGUGAUCGGUGGUGCAGACCCGUAUGAAAUCCCAACGUCGGACUGGACAACAGACAAAGAACUCCUGCCGUCCAUAUCGUAUUUUGAUCUUUUGAACUAUUUAGUGUUUUCUCCAAGUCCCUAUACUAUGGAUGAUUUAAGGAGUUACAAGGGUAUGGAGGCCUACAACCAGUUUGUUUGUGGCUGGGUUCGGGACAAACGGGUGUGCCUAAGAAAGGAACAUUGUGUCGUCUCAGCAAAGGUGAUGCAUUCCCAGAGGAUGACAGCAAAACCACUGAAUCCUUGGAUUAUUGCCGAAAAGGGAGGUCGUGUUUUGGCUGCUCAUUGUGAUUGCAUGGCCGGCCUUGGUGAAGUCUGCACUCACGUAGCAGCAUUACUGUUUGCUAUCGAGGCAACAAUCAAGAUUCGGGAUUCAAAAACCGUUACAGAUGAAAAGGCAUAUUGGCUGUUACCUGGAGGUGUAAAAGGGGUAUCAUACCAGGAACUACACAAUAUAGACUACUUCUGCAAAGACCAAGAAGAAGGUGCUUGAUGCUUCGCUUUUGUCCCCCCAGCCCUCAUCAGUUCCAGUCUACAGUGUUAGACAUGCUUGCAUUUUGUUCCAAGUUGCAUGGCACAGGAAGACGGGCAGGUAUCUUGGCUACAAAUUCCCCGUAUUCAGACAAUUAUAUACCAAAACCAACGAAAGACAAGUUUCCAAGUGUGCUGACAGAACUAUUUCAGGAACAGUGUUAUGACAUGAACUAUUGUCAGCUAGUACAAUAUUGUGAAACAAUGAGCAUAACUGUUUCGGAGGCAGAAGCAAAGGCUGUAGAAAGCGCAACACGGGACCAGGCUGCUUCCAAACUGUGGUAUCGCUUUAGAACUGGUAGGGUAACCGCAUCCAAAAUGAAGGCUGCUUUCACCACUGAUCCGGCAAGUCCAGCCCUAAGUUUAAUUCGCAGUGUUUGCAAUCCUGAAAGUAUGAAGUUUUCAACCAAAGCCACACAGUGGGGUUGUGAACACGAAAAGGUGGCACGGGAUAAAUGUUUUGAGAAAAUGACCGAGUUGCAUGAUGGAUUUCAAUUACUAGACAGUGGACUUGUAAUAAACCCAGCUUUUUCUCACAUUGCAGCAUCCCCUGAUGGUAUGGUGUCUUGUAAUUGUUGUGGGGAAGGGUGUUUGGAGAUUAAGUGCCCCUUUUGUAAGCGAGACCAAACAAUGCAUGAUUCAGUUGACAAACAGUUUUGUUUACAGACAGGUGAAGAUGGCACUU